AUGCUUAAAUCACUGGUGUUUCUAAUAGCACUCAUUCAACUGUGUCUCUGUGAUAGCAACUACACGAUCUCGGACAGCUACGAGCUGUGCUUUUCAAUCGACCGUGCUGACGAGAAUCAGCCGAUUUUAUUGGAUGUUGCAUUGCUGGAGUAUGAGCCUUUACCAGGCCUAACACCUGAGGAAAGCAAGACAAGUGUCCCAAUUAUAAUCUAUAACGAAAAUGAGAUCAACCAUGAGAAGCAGUUUGCUGGUGUCGACUCUAGUACCCUCAAUCUUUGUAAUGACGAUGCUAUCAAAAGAGGUUAUUGUCAAAAGAAACACAAGGGGAAAAUCUUGUUUGAGUAUAAUGAAGGUGCUGGUUUCAAGGGAAACACUUACAAUGAGAUUUUAAAUGAGUUGGGUACUUUUAAGGAUGUUUUCCAAUUCAAUAAAACUGGGUUUUAUUGUGCUCGUGCCUUGGGAACUAAUGCAAAGAAUUUCAAGGUUCAAUUGUUCAUUAAAGGUGAUUCAUCAACUGACCAUAUCAUAAAAAAGAAUAGAUUUGUUAACUUAUUCAGUGUUUUCAUCUUGGUAGGUUUUGGUGGCCUUUACUUGUCUAAAUGGCUUGAUUACUCAAAGACUUUUGACACUAAAAUUCCAUACCUAGUCAAGGUGUUAUUGGCUUAUAUUGCUACACAAUUGACAAUUUCAGUGCUCAAAUCAGUUUCUGCUUACAUUUACGAUCAUCCAUUUGAAAGUUCCAAUGGCCAUAAAGUGCUCUCUGCCAUUAGUUCAUCUAUAUCAAAGUUUCAAAAUGCUGCCAUGUUGUUUUAUUUGUAUCAAUAUAGUGGGAACUUCACCACUAAUAAAAUUGAAUUUGAGUAUAAAAAAGUCUUUGGAACCUUUUGCUUUGUUGAUAUGAGUGCAAUAGUAUUUUAUAAACUUGUUAGAGAUCACUAUUAUGAACGUUAUCAUGAACCAGGUGCUUUCAGUCUUAUUUAUGGGAGUUAUGAACUCAUAUUAAUACUACUCUUCCUUUUCCAAUUGGUCAUCAAAGUCAGAAUAUUCUUAAGAUAUUAUAGAACCGCUAAAGGGUUUUAUGGAUUCCAGCAAAAUCCAGACCAUCCAAAGCUAGAUCAAUUCAAAUGGUUAAUUUUGACAAACCUUUUCUGGGAACUUUUCGAGCAUAUGUUCCAUUCAAUGUUUGAGGAAAUGAUGCAUAAAGUAUUCCGUUUUGGUAGUCAUAAUUUGACAAAUUUUAUGUUCAAUGUGAUAGAUGGAGACUAUUCACAAGCUUUUCUGGAUACAAUCGUUCUUGGUGUUGAGUUUUAUGUCUUGUUAAACUUCUGGACUCCAGAUUACUUUUUGAUAGUUGAAGAUUAUAAUAAAGAUGGUGAAUAG